UAAAUGAAAACAUUCUUUAUUUGUUCAUCGCUCCUUUUCAAACUGCUUUUGACCGUAAUCAUUUUACAAGUUGGAUUAUUGUGGCGAAGCUCUACUUCGAACCAAAUCAUCAUCAAAAGUGAGCAAGUAUUAUUGAAAUCGCUAUCCUUAUGUAACCAAUAAGACUCAAUAAUUGCGUGAAAUGAAACGUACUUUAAUUGUUUACAAAAAAGAUUUGUUGGACUUGUCACUCUAAUGACAUCUGUCAAUUAAUGAAAUAACGUCAAAUUUUGUGUGGCAGGCACGUUUUACGCAAAUAGCAAUAAUUGAGGAAAACAAAUUCCAAUGCGUUGGCUUGCUUUGCGAUAUUAAGUAUUAAUUUGCUCAUUGCAAAAUAUUUUCCUUGUUAUUGCUUUUGUCGAUAUGAAAUAAAAUAAACUCACAACAGUAGAAUAACAAUUGUAUUUUCAAAGGAAUUCAGUUUUUGUAAAAGAUGUAAAGGAACGGAAAAGUUGUGAAAAGUCACGUAGGCCCCAAGUUUAUUCGCGCGUGUUUAUUUUUGAAAAAAUAAUAUAACCCCAAGAGCUGUUGUUUUUUUUUAUUUUUCUAUUUCAUUAUGACCUACUGAAAAUGGAAGAUUUGAUGCUGAAUCCGGGUGUUGUAGUGGUUCGAGCGAAGCCAGAAGGGCAAAGAAAAACUUUUAAACCUGCGAUACGGUCUGUGAAUAAAAUACCGGACGAAUUAUUAAACGAUCCCUUAUUAAAUAGAGCCUGUGAGUCACUGCCGCAAAAUUAUAAUUUUGAAAUUCACAAAACGAUAUGGAGAAUACGAUCUUUAGGAGCGAAGAGAGUAGCACUACAGUUACCUGAAGGUUUGACAAUGUUUGCAACAACAUUGUGUGACAUCAUUGAAACAUUUACUACUGCUGAUACUGUGAUAAUGGGAGACGUGACUUAUGGCGCUUGUUGUAUCGAUGAUUUUACCGCGAUAGCCCUCGGCGUGGACCUACUAGUGCAUUAUGGACAUUCUUGCUUAAUACCAAUAGAUCAAACAGGUAACAUCAAAGUGCUCUAUAUAUUUGUAGAUAUAAAGAUUGAUCCGUCACACUUUUUAGAGACAAUUAGAUUAAAUUUUCCAAAGAAGACUCAUUUAGCUAUAGUUAGUACAAUUCAAUUUGUAACAACACUACAUUCUGUAGCUAAGAAUCUCCGCAGUGAAGACUAUGUUGUAACAGUUCCACAAUGUAAGCCAUUGUCACCUGGAGAGAUAUUAGGCUGUACAGCGCCCAAAUUAGAGUCUGAUGUAAUAAUUUACUUAGGGGAUGGUAGAUUUCACUUAGAAUCAGUGAUGAUUGCCAAUCCCGCAAUCCCAGCUUAUAAAUAUGAUCCAUAUGAAAAGAAAUUUACUUCAGAAGUAUAUGAACAUAAACUAAUGCAAACAAAUAGACAUAACCAGUUGAAAGCUGCAGAAAGUGCUGGUAAAUUUGGACUCAUAUUAGGUACAUUGGGAAGACAAGGUAGUACAAAAGUGUUAGGCAAUUUAGAGAAGCAAAUACAAAACUCUGAUAAGAAAUAUGUGAAGAUAUUACUAUCGGAAAUAUUCCCUAGUAAACUAGCAAUGUUUGAAUUGGAUGCAUUUGUUCAGGUUGCUUGUCCCAGAUUAUCAAUUGACUGGGGUACAGCAUUUCCGAAGCCUUUGCUUACACCAUAUGAGUUUUCUGUUGCAUUGGGUAAUUCUAAAUGGUUGAAAGAUGAUGGUACAUAUCCAAUGGACUUUUACUCGAAUGAUAGUCUUGGUCCUUGGACACCUAACUACAAGCCUGUAUUAUGCAGUGGGACUGAUAAGAAAUGCGAUAAUUGUUGUGGAGGUAAAGAGAAAUAA